AUGUCUGCUGGGGAAGCGAGAACAUCGGAACGAUUGUUCGCGCAUGGCAAAGGCGAACCAAUGCGGCGCAAGAUAAUGAUUCUUGGUAUGCGGCGUGCUGGGAAAUCCAGCAUGUGCAAGGUUGUAUUCCAGUCCUACCAACCGAACGAUACCCUUUUCCUUCCGCCAACCGCGCGUACACAAACGUUUGAGACGGAGGCAUUUCAGCGUCUCGAGAUAUGUGACGUGCCUGGAAGUGCACUUUUACAAAUAAAGUUGGGUGCGAGCAAGACAGACGCUGAGAGCAGCACCUCGCUGCACAUCGCAUGGACAGAGACAAGCGCGGUGGUUUUUGUCGUCGACGCCCAGGACGACUACCUUGACGCAGUGUCCAAGCUGAAGGAGGUUCUUCUGAUUGCAUACGCGCAGAACCCCAAGAUUCAUUUCCACGUUUUUAUUCAUAAAGUGGACGGACUAAGCGACGACUACAAAUACGAUAUCCAGCGCGACGUCGAGCAGCGAGUUUACGAGGAAUUGAUCGACGCAUCGCACGACUUUACCACUGCAUCUGGCGAGCCAGCACAUUUGGAUGCGGACGUAAAUAUACGAUUUCAUCUUACCUCGGUAUUCAAUCCAAGCGUCACGGUCGCAUUCUCGCGCAUACAGCAGCGGCUCAUGCAGAGCGACGACGCGUCCAGCCACGAGUCGAACGCGGAGAAUAGUGCGGGAUCUACAGCGCCGGCGAUGAUCAGUUUAUUUGACGCUAUUGAAUCUGCGUGCAAUGCGCUGUGCUCCAUCUGUCACCUGGAGAAGGCAUUUGUGUUUGACAUCCAAAGCCGCACGUACAUUGGGUGUGACUCAUCGCCAUUUGACGCGCCGUUAUUCGACGUGAUGUAUGAGUAUGCGGGAUUUUUGAUGCAAUUUGUCACGCUAUACAGCCACAUUCCCCGCGAGCAAGAGGCGUCAAAAACGGCGUACAAUCCAGCGGACCGCGCAUAUGCCGCGAGUUCGGUGCGGCUAGGAUCGGACACGUCGCUUGCAUGCUGGCGACUUAGCGACCAGCUUGCUCUGAUCGUUACAAUACGCACCAAUAUACACAUCACGAACUCGGGGAUUAUUGACUACAACGUGAGCAUCUUCCGCCAUACCAUCGAGCUGCUGCGCGGUUUGGCAAGCCCGUCGCCUUCAUAG